AUGACCAUUUGUGUUACUCCUGGUGUAGCACAUAUAAAAGAAUUAUCUUACUGUAUUUAUGUUGAAUACACUUCCGGACAUUUAAGACGAAAAACGGAUUUUGUUGGAACACAAGAAAUUGGGGCUUUAAAUGAUUGCAAAUUACAGAAAUUUAAAACUGAGGGGAAUAUAGAAAAUAUUCAAUUUAUUGUUGUUUGGAGUGAAAAUAUAUUUUUUGGGAAGGACGAUGUUUUGUAUGAGGUUGGAAAGAAAACUAGAAAAUAUUUUUAA